UGCAUAUAAAUUAUUGCAUAUAAAUCACUCCACCGCAAGCGAGGUUAUCUCGCAAUUCACGAUGGUUUCAGAAGACAGCCCUCUGCUGGCGUCCUCUAUGCAUGAGGCUAUCUAUGACAGGUUUACCCCCGACCAGAAGAGGUGGAUCGUGUUUCUAGUUUCUUUUGCAGGGUCUCUUGCCUAUGUUCGUCUCAGCAACAUUCGUGCCUUCCAUUCCUCAAAUAGCUAAAGAUCUUGACUCGACGCAUGCUGUUGUCAGUUUGACCGUCAGUCUCUCGAUCUUGGCGAGUGCUGUCGGAGCGUUAGUUUGGGCCGCUUAUUCGUCUUUCUAUGGACGCCGAUUGAUGUAUUUGUGGGGCGUGCCGUUUUUAUGUAUCGGGAGUUGUGGUGUUGCAAUGGCAACUUCGUUGAGGAGUUUGUUCUUCUGGCGAUUCGUGCAGACGUUUGGAUGCUCUGGGGGAAUACCGUUGGGCGCUGGCAUUAUCGGUGAUAUUUAUAAACUGGAGGAGAGGGGGACUGCUAUUGGAAUAUUCCUUGGUGCCACGCUUUUCGGGUUUGCUGUUGCUCCGUUUCUUGGAGGUGCAGCGGCGCAGUAUUGGUCCUGGCGCAAUUUGCAUUAUUCCGUUGCUGUGUGGGGCUUGCUCGAACUGCUUCUCGUAUAUAUUUCGUUCCCCGAGACGAGCCAUCCUGGUACGUUGGGUAUCGAUAAACUAAAACACAGGAGACGGAUCCACAUCACAUGGGUCAAUCCUCUCAGUAGUCUCUGGAUGCUUCGGAGCCCAAACCUAUUUGCAGUCAUGCUUGCCUCAACUCUAGUGCUUCUUACUGACUAUGUUCUCCUCGUGCCGCUGGCGUAUACUAUUGGUGUUCGGUAUGGUAUCGCGAACGAGGCCAUCAUCGGGGCGUGUUUUCUACCAAACGGACUGGGAAACUUCCUUGGAGCACCGAUUGCCGGCCGCCUAUCAGACAUUGUAGUCAGAAGAUGGCGGAAACAGCGCAAAGGAGUGUGGUGUCCUGAAGAUCGCUUGAGAGCGACAUGGAUCGGAGGACUAUUCAUGAUCCCGUUAUCUAUUGCAUCGUCUGGGCUGAUCACGACGUAUGUUGGGGGCCCGGUCGGUCUUUCGUUGAAUUUAUUGUGUCUUUUUACGAAUGGAAUGGGCGUUGAUUUCGUGUUCAAUCCAAUCGGUUCUUAUAAUGUGGAUGUGGCACGCUCUCGAAGCGCAGAGGCCACAGCUGCUAGCGCAGCGAUCCGGUCACUUAUUCUAUCCGGUGUGACUGCUCUUGUCAUUCCAUCGAUCGAGCGUAUAGGUGUUGCAUGGACGGACAUUAUCGCGGCUGUCCUUGCUGUCAUUGGACAAGGGAUAAUUUUCUUGACGAUUCGGUAUGGUGAUCGCAUGAGGGCCAGCGUGGAUAUUGGUGUCUCGACCAUAGAGAACAACUCAUAGAAUAUUGAUCUUCGUUUAUUCGAAGAGAUUAGAAACGAGGCUUGGAGAUAAUAUACUCGUCAAAUUACCAAUACGGAGCUGAUUCACUAUGCUAAAUGCCGGUGGCGCAUUUCACUGAGAAAGUUAAUCAUAUGAUUAGGCCUGGUGGGU